UACCGUGGCACAAGCCUUCUGAAAGAAAAAGGAACUCCGCUCUGUGACAGGCGACAGCGCAAUGCCACAAUCUCAGUGGUGAGCCGACUAGCAUCCUAUCCAAAGCCAUGGCUCUCACGCGCCAACCCCCCACUCCUCCAUUUCUCUUCAUUCACAGUCAGUAUCCGAACCACCACUCUUCAAAACCGUGCCUUGCACUGCUCUCCAAAACCCCAAAGCUCUUCUCUCUGUUCGCAACUCCACCCACCUCCACCACCUCUCAUGCCUCACCUCUCAUUUUCCUCCCUUUUCUGCAAGAAAAACAACGACAAGAAGAAGAAGAAGAAGAAGACUUAGAAUCCCAAGAAGGAGAAGAGGAAGAAGAAGAAGAAGAAGAAGGAGUAGGGGAGGAGGAGGAGGACACAGAAGACCCAAUGAUAAGAUUCUUCAAGUCUCGCACUUCAGCUUCAACACAAGACCCUCAACGCGAAGGCAAACUCUCCCUCCAAAAGAAUCGCCGCUCCUCGUGGCACCUAGCUGCCGAAAUCGAAUCUGAGGCGGAACCCGAAACCGAAUCCGAACCCGAAACUGAAAUCAUAGUCAUUGAAGAAAAAGAACAAUUGGGUUCUGCGAAUUCGAGUUCGAGCAUAUUGCCCGAGGGCGUUGUGGGUGAGAUUGUGCGAAUUGCGAGGGACUUGCCGGAGAAUACGACUCUGGGAGAGGUAUUGGGGGGUUAUGAGAAAAGGGUUGGUGAGAGAGAGUGUGUGGAGGUGUUGGGUUUAAUGAGUAAGGAAGGUCUUGUAAUGAGUUGCUUGUAUUUCUUUGAAUGGAUGAGUCUGCAAGAACGGUCGCUUCUUACGCCUCGGGCGUGCUCGGUUUUGUUUCCGGUGUUGGGGAGAGCCCGGAUGGGCGAUAAGUUGCUGGUCUUGUUUAGGAACUUACCGUCCAGCAAGGAGUUCAGGGAUGUUCAUGUAUAUAAUGCCGCAAUUUCAGGGCUUUUGUGCAGUGGAAGGUAUGAUGAUGCGUGGAACGUGUACAACGCAAUGGAAACAAAUAAUGUUCGUCCAGAUCACGUGACAUGUUCUAUUCUGAUUACAAUCAUGAGAAAAACUGGCCGUAGUGCAAAAGAUUCGUGGGAAUUCUUUGAGAGAAUGAACAGGAAAGGAAUCAAAUGGAGUGUAGAGGUCUUGGGUGCCCUAAUUAAAUCAUUCUGUGAUGAGGGCCUGAAGUAUGAAGCCCUUAUCAUCCAAGCCGAAAUGGCAAAGAAAGGGAUCUUCUCAAAUACCAUAGUGUACAACACUUUAAUGGAUGCUUUUGGUAAAUCCAACCAAAUUGAAGAAGCUGAAGGUCUUUUCGCUGAGAUGAAAUUGAAAGGGCUGAAACCAACAUCUGCCACGUAUAACACUCUAAUGGACGCGUACAGCAGACGAAUGCAGCCUGAGGUCAUUGAGAAGCUGCUGCUAGAAAUGCAGGAUAUGGGCUUGAAGCCAAAUGCCAAAUCAUAUACGUGCCUCAUUAGUGCAUAUGGGAGGCAGAAGAAGAUGAGCGACAUGGCUGCAGAUGCAUUUUUGAGGAUGAAGAAAGUUGGUAUAAAACCUACUUCACAUUCUUACACAGCUCUUAUCCAUGCUUAUUCGAUCAGUGGCUGGCAUGAGAAAGCUUAUACCACAUUUGAGAACAUGCAAAGGGAAAGAAUAAAACCCUCAAUAGAAACCUAUACUGCUUUGCUGGACGCAUUUAGGCGCACUGGUGACACCCAGACAUUGAUGAAAAUAUGGAAAUUGAUGAACAGUGAGAAAGUUGAAGGGACUCGGGUGACAUUCAACAUUCUUCUGGAUGGAUUUGCUAAGCAAGGUCAGUACAUUGAAGCAAGAGAUGUGAUCUCUGAAUUUUCAAAGAUAGGCUUGCAGCCAACUGUCAUGACAUAUAACAUGCUGAUGAAUGCAUAUGCACGGGGAGGGCAACACUCGAAGUUGCCGCAACUGUUGAACGAGAUGGCUGCGCUGAAUCUAAAACCCGAUUCUAUCACUUAUUCAACCAUAAUCUAUGCCUGUGUCCGUGUUCGUGAUUUCAGGAGGGCAUUUUUUUAUCACAAAAAGAUGGUAAAAAGUGGACAAGUGCCAGAUGCCAAGUCAUAUCAAAAGCUCAGGGCAAUUUUGAAUGUAAAAGUCGCAACAAAGAACAGGAAGGACAAGAGUGCUAUACUUGGUAUAAUUAAUAGCCAAAUGGGUUUGUUGAAAGCUAAGAAGAAGGGAAAGAAAGAUGAGUUCUGGAAGUACAAGAAAAGACAUGUGAGAACUCAUAAUAACUCUACUCCUGGUGGGCAUUGAUGAUGCUAUCUAUGGAGUUUUGUAAUACUAGUAAUUAGAUCGAUACACCGGCUCUUUGUAGGGUUGUUGAUCUAUCUUCACAUUGUCAUUUAAUGGCUCCGCCAGAACUUUUCAAUUCUUUUCACGAGAUUACUUUCAUAUCAAGACACUGCGUCAGAUGCAAGAGAGGAGAAGCAUGCAUAUUGACGUCAUCUUUCUAGUAAUAAAAGCCUUCACCGAAUGGUUGUCAUCCUUUGCUGAACAAGGAUAUUGGUUGCUGUGACUGCGUGCAUGUCCAGAUGACGAACUGGUUAAUUGUUUCUUCCAUGCCUUAAUGUAUAUACAAAACUCUUGUUGCCUGAAUUCAGUAUAAAAUCCCGUUGUCUUGUGCACUAGACUCAUAUACAACGUCAAAAUGUAUAAACCGUCGCCUUUUGCUAGAAA